GUUGCAACCUGGACUGAGAACUAAUUACAGAAAGAGGUGCUCUCUCUCCUCUUAUCUGCAAUCUCAAUGAGGUGUGGGCUGUGAGAGGCAAAUAACUUUUCAGUUCCUUAUGAUGGGAACUGCAUGUUUCACACUCACAAAUGCUCUUCUUAAACCCCUUCACUUAUCUCCCAAUUUCUCUAAGCACUCCAACUUUCCAAGCAAAGUAAAGUUGACAUCUUUUUCCACAUCCAAGACAACCCAUUUGCAGGUUUCACAAGAUGCACUCACACCCACUCAACAUGACUUACUCAUUGUGGGUCCCGGAGUUCUUGGUCGUUUGGUAGCUCAGAAAUGGCGAGAGGAAAUUCUGGGAUGUCAAGUUUAUGGUCAGACGAUGACCACUGAUCAUCACAAUGAGUUGAUUCAAAUGGGUAUUAACCCUUCUUUGAAAUGGACAGAAGCUACUCACAAAUUUUCUAAUGUCAUUUACUGUGCUCCACCUUACCGGACCCCAGACUAUGCUGGUAAUGUUAGGCUAGCUGCACUAAGCUGGAAUGGUGAAGGUUCUUUCUUAUUUACGUCAAGCAGUGCUCCAUAUGAUUGUAAUGAUAACGGACCAUGUGAUGAGGAUUCUCCAGUUGUGCCAAUUGGGAGGAGGGCCAGGAUUGAUGUCCUUCUAAACGCUGAAAAUGUGGUAUUGGAGUUUGGUGGUUGUGUUCUAAGAUUGGCAGGACUUUAUAAAGCAGAUAGAGGUGCCCACAAUUUUUACUUGGAAAAGGGUAUUGUUGAUGGUCGUCCUGAUCACAUCCUGAAUCUUAUACAUUAUGAGGAUGCAGCUUCCCUCUCAGUUGCAAUCUUGAAGAAAAAAUUCCGUGGACAUAUUUUCUUGGGCUGUGAUGAUAAUCCUUUGUCUAGGCAAGAAAUGAUGGAUCUGGUUAAUAAAAGUGGGAAAUUCAGUAAAAAAUUUGAUAAAUUUACUGGAACUGAUGGUCCUCUAGGAAAGAGAUUAAACAACACUAGAACCCGCCAAGAAGUUGGUUGGGAGCCCAAGUACCCUAGCUUUGCUCGUUUUCUAGAGAGCAACAUGUGACAUACACCUGAGUUUUUUUUAUUGAGUCUAAUUAAUGUGGAAUGCACAUGUAGGGUGGAAAGUUAAGUGUUGUGUACAUUUUCCUAUUUCUUCAUAUUUGACUUUGUGUAUGUAUGACCAUGAUUAGUUAUUAAAUUGUCUUAAUUAAAAAAACUUGGUGAUAUGAC